UUCGUUCACAGGAACCAUGAAAAACUUCCACACAGUUCUUAUCUUCUUCAUUUGGUUUGUUUCGUCAAGUCUGUUUCAAGUUUCAGUUGCAUCUAUUGUUUCAACAGGAGACUUCAAUAAGGACUUCUUUGUGAUAUGGUCUCCUACCCAUGUGAACACAUCUGCUGAUGGACACACAAGAGGCUUGAAACUGGACCAAGAAUCUGGAGCUGGUUUUGCUUCAAAUCAAAUGUUUUUAUUUGGGAAAAUUGACAUGCAAAUCAAACUAGUGCCAGGUGAUUCUGCAGGCACUGUCCUGGCCUAUUAUCUUGCCUCCGAUCAACCUAAUAGAGAUGAGAUAGACUUUGAGUUUCUUGGCAACGUCUCUGGGCAGCCAUAUAUUCUACAAACAAAUAUUUUUGUAGAUGGAACUGACAAUCGAGAGGAGAGAAUUUAUCUGUGGUUUGAUCCAACAAAGGACUUCCAUACUUAUUCUGUGUUGUGGAAUCUGCACCAGAUUGUAUUAACGGUGGAUAUGAUUCCCAUAAGAGUGUAUAGAAACCAUGGAGACAAGGGUGUAGCAUUUCCUAGAUGGCAGCCAAUGAGUCUGAAAGCGACCCUGUGGAAUGGUGAUAGCUGGGCAACACGAGGUGGCCAAGAUAAGAUUGAUUGGACAAAGGGUCCCUUCAUAGCUUCAUUCAAAAAUUACAACAUUGAUGCUUGUGUGUGGAAUGGGAACCCAAGGUUUUGCAGAGCAGCUAGCCCUACCAAUUGGUGGAACCAAUACAAAUUUAGCACACUGACUUCCACACAAAGAAGGUGGUUCAAAUGGGUCAGGAAAUACCACAUGAUUUAUGAUUACUGUCUAGACAAUGAGAGGUUCCAAAACAAUCUUCCAAGGGAAUGUUCUCUUCCCAAGUAUUGAUCACAAAGGAAGAUGAUUGUUUCUGUUUUUUUUUUCUUUUUCUUUUUCUCUUGGUUUUAAUUUCUGACUUCUUGUUACAAUUGUUCUUAUGUCUGAUGGCAAAAAGUUAAAAGCUAGCUUUCA